UCCGCUCUCCGGCUUCCGACAAUCAUCAAUUGGUGCAAUGCUGCACAAACACGAGUAGUUUGUAAACAUUAAAAAAUGAGUUCCAAACGAAAGAAUCAAUCAGGUGCUGGUGAAGCUUCUCAAUUUUUUCAUGGGCAAGAUGUUGAAACGCAAAAUGCAACAAUACAAGCCACUUCAGAAAGGGUUAUUGACUUGCUCAACCAAGCACAGCUAGCAAAUGUUGAAGAAAAACUCAAUUAUUUAAAACAGGUGCAAGAGUUGAUUGUUAACAAGGAUCCAACGUUGCUUGAUAACUUUCUUGAUGAAGUUUUGAUAUUUCAACAAGAUCGCCAUCAUGAUAUUCGAAAAUUUGUCGUUCUUUUUAUUGAAGAAACAUGUAAAAAAGAUCCAGAAUUAUUGUCUAAAACAGUAGGCUGUUUAACCUAUAUGCUAGAUGACGAGAAUAUUAGUGUUAGAAAACGCGUUAUGCUGGCUUGCAACUCUCUUUACAAAAUUGCUCUUCAAUUAGUUUGUAAACUUCGAUCAAUUAAAGAAGAUGUGCGUGAGAUGUGGGAGUGUAUGUGCGAAUUGAAAAGGCAUAUUUGUGGAAUGAUUGAAUCAGACAAUGAUGGAGUUCGAACUCAUGUUGUAAAAUUUAUGGAGAUGUUAAUAUUGGUGCAUUCUAAAUCAUCUGAAGUUUCUAGUCAAGGGAAGAAAGAUGGUGAUAUAACUCUUGAUGUAGUUCCUUCGAACCAUCCAUUAGUAAAACAAAGUGAACUUUUAGAUGAAGGUUUAACUACAAUGGAAGCUUUAUUAGCCAUGUGUGCAUCACCAAAUAUUUCAAGUGUUAACUUGAUGGCUGUUUUAAGCUCAUUGACAAAUAUUGGGAAACAGAGACCAUCAUUACUCCACACCAUCAUCCAAUCUUUUGAAUCACUACAUGCUAAUCUUCCACCAACAUUAUCCAAGUCUCAAGUCAGUAGUGUUAGGAAAACUCUAAAGAUGCAGUUGUUCACUUUAUUAAAGCUUCCAUCUGCAGCUGAGCAUAUUACUCAAAUUGGAACACUUCUAUCAGAUCUUGGUGCUACUGCUAUUGAUAUUCAGAAAGGUCUUCCAAAAAUAACCGAUCAGCGUAUUAAAAAACCUGAAGACGAUAUAAAAAUAAAGAAAAAGGAUGAAAAAUCUGAUGAGCACAACCAGUUCAGUCUUACAAAGGCUAUCGAUUUAACUACAGAAGAUAUUGUAUCUCGCUUAAAUAAAUCCACUGUGACGGAUCUCGUAAUUGUAAGCAUGCUAUUUCUUCCUCGCACAAUGCCUUCACAUUUCCUAGAAACAUUCACCCCCAUAGCAGCUGCUGGAGGACAAGCACAAAAAGAACACCUUGCACGCCUAAUGGCUACCCAGAUGACAAAUGCUGGUGUUGGUAUUGGUUUGCAGAAAGCCAAAGAGAUGGCUGCUGCUGAAGCUAGUUUAAAAAAAGAAGAAUCAGAUAAAAUCAUGCGUGAACCCAAGAGUAUUCCUGUUCUUGGAAGUGAAAAAGUUUCAGAUAUCAAAAUAAAAAAUCAACCACGAUCUAUUAGAGAUAUUGCAGCUGAUCUUAAGUCAGGUUCAAAACUUGAUGUUAGUGGGGCUCGUUUGCGAAAAAUAAAACCAUUUCGGCUUCAAGAUGUGGUUCAGGUUUUAAGCAGUGAGGAUAGAAAUAAAAUGCUUGUAGCAGCUUACAAGCGAAUUCUUCAAUCCGAUAAACAGGCAGUUGUCUCAGGAUGCACAGUGGAAAGAAAUAAAAUUCUUGUUGGGCUAGCGAUGCAGUUUUAUGGCGAAUUAACUGAUAUACUUAUUCAUUUUGUAAUGGAAGAUUUUCGAACACGAAUUGAUCUUGGAAUAUUAUGGCUGUACCAAGAGUAUAUAAAUACUGAGACUCAGACACCUGGUCAAUCUCGGGAACACAACUCAAGAUAUGCUCUUUGCCUAAGAAAUCUUAUAGAGGGGAUGAAGAAACAUUUAGAGCCAAGAGAUAAACUGUUCACAAGAUUUAUUUUGGAAGCUCCUUGUCUCCCGGAUGGUGUUAGAAGAAUUAUAAAAGACUGUUGCAUGGAUCCAGAUCGUUUAAUGGUUGGAUUUUCAACUUUAAGAGAAUUAAUAAGCAAAAAUCCAGCAGCCUCACAAGAAUGGUUGCAACUAUUGCUAGAACUAACUACUGCUGAAAGGGAACAGGUACGAGUCCAAGCCAUUCAUUCUGCAAAAAAGCUUCACAGCAAACCAGAAUUCUCUGCUAUGAUUGGGGAUUUUGCUUUGCACAGUUUACAACAGCUACUUCUGGAGCGUCCUCCGCUUAAAGAACUGCCAAAUGAUAAAGAAGCAUUUGAAGUUACUUCAACAGAGUGGACUGAUGAUUCUAUUAAAGCCUACUUAUACCUUUAUUUAGCAUUGUUGCCUACAAACCACGUAAUGUUUUUAAAUUUAGCUGAUGUGUAUGUAGAUGCUUCUCCUGUUAUAAAACGAACGAUUCUCAGACAUCUUGAACAUCCUAUUAGAGCAAUUGGUAUGAAUUCACCUGAGUUACUUAGACUUGUAGAAAAUUGCCCUACUGGGGCAGAAACUCUUGUUACCAGGGUUCUUCAUAUUGUCACUGAUAAAAGCCCUCCUACACCUGAGCUUGUCCAGAAGGUCAAAGAACUUUAUCAAAAGCGUGUAUCUGAUGUUCGCUUCCUUAUACCAGUAUUGAAUGGCCUAAACAAGGCUGAAGUCAUCAAUGUUUUGCCUCAGUUAAUCUCACAGUCUCCUAAUGUUGUUAAAGAAGUUUUUAACAGACUAUUGGGCUCAUUUCAAACUGAGUCAGCAAUUCCUUUGAACCCGCCGUUGUCUCCAGCAGAACUUCUUGUUGCUUUGCAUACCAUUGAAUCAAAUAGUGAUGUUAAGGCUAUCAUGAAAGCUAUCAACAUAUGUUUCUGUGAAAAACAAAUUUAUACUCAAGAAGUUCUUGCAGUUGUUAUACAACAACUUAUGGAAAUAUCACCAAUUCCUACUUUGUUUAUGAGAACGGUAAUUCAAUCUUUUGGAAUGUGUCCAAGACUUGUUGGUUUUGUUAUGAACAUACUUUCAAAACUUAUUAGUAAACAGGUUUGGAAGUACCCGAAAGUGUGGCAAGGAUUUGUGAAAUGUUGUCAGAUGACAAAGCCACAAUCAUAUCCUGUUCUGCUUAAACUUCCACCAAAUCAGUUAGAGAGUGUUUUUGAGAUCAGUCCCGAAAUGAAAGAACCUUUGAUUAAACAUAUAGAAAGUCUUACUGCUAAUCAGCGCUCUCAUAUUCCUAAAGCUAUUCUUCAAUUACUUGAUAUAAAAGAAAUAUCUGCGACAGCCGUUGAUCCUUCGGCUUCUUACGCAAGUGGCGAAAAACGAAAGAGAAAAGCUGAACCUACUAAAGAAGUCUCAUCUCGAGAAACUGUAAAAAGGAAAAAUAAAAAAAUCAACGACGAGGAUUAAUUAUUUGGAUAAAGGGCUUUAUUUCAAAUACGCGUUGCUGAGUAUUUUCAAAAUAACAAGAAGAAACGUUUUACUUCAUGAACUCGAUUUAAUGUAGAUCGAAAGCAUCAUCGAAUUUAUUUUGGUUGAAAGAAUUCACCAAGUUUCGAUAAUUUAACUCCAAAUGCGUUAAAUAAUUCUAUGAAUGAUACCAUUUUAGGUAUUUGAAUCUAUUUUUAGUACUGAGCAUUUUAGUUCAAAACAAAAUAUAUCACAAUAACAAAAA